GCGCGCCGUCCCCGAAACCAACAAGGCAGCAAAGGCAUCGUGCACGUACCCGCGCGCGGCCAGGGAGCUCUUGCUGAGCGCGCUACUGUCGUUGGUGCUCUGCACUGCCUCAGCCCGACGUUCACGGCUGCGCGAGCUCAUGAUUUCGCGGGAAGACUGACGGCUGCGGCUUUUUGUGGACACGUGGACUGUGUCGGGGAAGCGCGGAUUGUCACUUUUCUACAAGCCUUCCUGGCUGAAACGAAAAUAUUUCUUAAGUUUUCAUAAGCUGACUCAACUGUUGACAAAAAGCUUUCAGAGGUGGAAGUAAAGCAGUCUGAAGGAAGUUCAAGGCCACCAAACUUACUGACUGAACUACAUUUAGUAUUCAUGUCAAGAAUAAGUGGCUAGGGAAAGACCUUGCUAUUCUGCUAAAUCAUGAUGGAGGCAGAAGAACAGCCAUGGAAGACAACCUUUUACUCAAAAUUACCUAAAGUGGAACUUCAUGCCCACUUGAAUGGAUCCAUUAGUUCCAAUACCAUAAAGAAGUUAAUAGCCAAGAAACCAGAUCUUAAAAUCCACGAUCAGAUGACUAUGAUUGACAAGGGAAAGAGAAGAACUUUAGAAGAAUGCCUCCAGAUAUUUCAGAUUAUUCAUCUACUUACUACUAGCCCUGAAGAUGUUCUAAUGGUGACAAAAGAUGUCAUUAAAGAAUUUGCAGAUGAUGGUGUCAAGUAUCUGGAACUAAGGAGCACACCCAGAGAAGAAAAUGCCACAGGAAUGACUAAAAAGACUUAUGUGGAAUCUAUACUUGAAGGUAUAAAACAGUCCAAAGAAGAAAACAUAGACAUUGAUGUUAGGUAUUUGAUAUCAAUUGACAGAAGAGGUGGCCCUUCAGCAGCCAAGGAGGCCGUUAAACUUGCUGAAGAGUUCUUCCUUUCUACAGAGGAUACAGUUCUUGGCCUUGACCUCAGUGGAGACCCUGCAGCAGGACAAGCAAAAGACUUCUUGGAACCUCUUUUAGAAGCUAAAAAAUCUGGUCUGAAGUUGGCACUGCAUAUUUCAGAGAUUCCAAACCAAAAAACAGAAACACAAGUACUCCUGAACCUGUUCCCUGACCGAAUCGGGCAUGGGACAUUUCUCAACUCCUCCGAGGAAGGAUCCCCGGAUCUGGUGGACUUUGUGAGGCAACACCAGAUACCGCUCGAACUUUGUUUGACCUCGAACGUCAAAAGUCAGACAGUUCCAUCUUACGACCAACAUCACUUUGGAUUCUGGUACAGCAUUGCCCAUCCUGCCGUGAUCUGUACGGAUGAUAAGGGUGUUUUUGCUACACACCUUUCUCAAGAGUACCAGCUGGUGGCUGAAACAUUUCAUCUGACCCAGUCUCAGGUGUGGGAUCUGUCUUACGAAUCCAUCAGCUACAUCUUUGCUUCUGACAGCACCAAGGCUGACCUGAAGAAGAAGUGGAGUCAUCUGAAGCCCCAUUUUUAAGCUGUAAUGAGACUCCCUUCAGUAUUCCCCGGAACGGUGGACUCCAGGCUACACUGCAUACCAUGGAUUUUUGUGAAUCCCAGUAGCCAGGGUUAACCUCCGUUGGGUGACCCUCGUGACAGAUCAAGCUAGCUGCUGAGAUCCGCCUUUGCCCUUCUCAUGAUUAAUCCUUCUGGAGGCAAGAUACAUUUUACAUUUUGAGUUGAAUAAUGGUGAGAUAACUGAUCCAUUCUUGUGCUCAUAUCUCAUCUUCCCUUCCGUACCUUGUCACCAUAAAAAUAGUUCUCUAUAGAGCGGACAGGACAGCACUAUACUCAGGUUACAGUAAAAGAGAAAUGGCAGUGUUCUCUAUGUAUCUAUGUAUACACACACACAUAUACAUCUGUAUAUAUAUGAACCUGUGUAUAUGUGUGUGUUAAGUUGUAUGGCAUUGGCCAUAGAGAAUAAACAAUAAAGGGAAGAAGGAUUAGCAUGGGGAAAAUAAAAAAAGAAUAGCACUAGGAAAACAACUCAUGGGAACAGACACGACUGUCCAGCUCCUGCUAAGACAUUCUUGCUUCCUCUGCUGCACAUGCCAGCAGCCUGUCCCCAGGGCCUUACAGGAACUAAAGGGAGGGGUGCACAGAUCCUCUUGCUCUCCCAGCAGCAGGCUUGGCUUCUCUUUCUUAGAGCGUCAGAAGGCUAUGUAUUAUUUCUUGCUUCUUCCAUCCUCAGGAAUGGCAGUCAAUGGUUUGUGAGUUAGUUUGAGAUAAGGUUGGGUUUUCCCAGGUAAGAAUUUUGCCUUUGUCUUAUUCAUUUUGCACAUUUUCUUCAUCUGGAGAUUGGAGAGCUGGUCCUGGGUCUUUCAAGAUGGACUCAUGCUCCAUGCCCAAUUAUGAUGGGUCCCAGUGGAUUGUCCUAAAGGAUAUGGAUACAGAUUCUAAGGAAGAAGUUUCAUUCUGAUUUGUCUUUUACCACAUUCUAAUUUGUCUUUCAGCCUAGAACAUAAAGAUUUAGACAGGCAUACUUAUAGCAGCCCCACACAGGGAGCCAAAAAAAGCAAGUAAAGAUUUAUCUUUUCUUACCAGGAAUGACUUAAUCAUAAUUUGCAUAUAUACAUUAAAAAAAAACAAACACCUGAAGAACCACUGGGCACUUUAUAAUUUUUAUUAACUUGGUAUCCCUGAGAGUCAAAUUAAGGUGUAAACAUUGUUCUGCUUUACACAAAGGGAAAUGGAGGCAGGCUGACUCACAUGUAAAACAUCGGGAACCAGAAUUCAUAUCUGUUGAUCCCACAACCAGUGCUUUUUCCACAAGACUAUACACAGACAUACUGAACACAGUACUCUCAUUUUUUAAAAACAUUACAGCACACUUCCUAAACUAUCUCAGAUCCUGAGGCAUUGCUUUACAGUGGUAUUUCUUGUUAUCUCCCUGUUUAGGCAACGUAACUGAGACACCACCUCCCCUUAAUUCCUAAGACUUAAGAAAUUCCCUCAGCACCAGAACUCAAAUUUAUCAUUCGUCUGCCACAGUAAGCUAUGGAUUUUAGAAUAUCCUAUUUCCCCAUUUCUCUCCCAGAUCUCAUUCCUAUCUGAGAGCUCAUUAAUGUGACUGUGACACGCUACUUAUCUCAGACCUUAGCCAUUGCGCAUGUUCUUUCCUUUGACCUGCCAGUCGAAGUGGCUUCUCUCAGGAUACUGGUUCCUGACCUUUGUCUCCCAUAGGAGCUAGUCCCCUAAAACUGCUCAUCUUUCUUACCCAGGGCCAGUCAGCUGUUGCCUCGUCAGUAAGUGCAGCACAGGACCUGAUGUAUUCAUAUUCUGGGGGAUGGAAGCCCGUCUGUGAUAUUCCUAGCGCUCCACGUUUCAGCUGAAGCAAGUCCCUCUCUGCCCCCUGCGCAGCCCUUAUCGUGCCCCCCCUCAGAUUCUGUGCUACUCUGAGCUUUGUCUCACCUCCCCACAGUCUGCCCUUUGCUCUCUGCUCCCUUGCUCCCCGGUUUUCCCAUGUCCCACCCAUUCAGCAUGCGGUUUUACAGUUAGUUUUGGAAAGUUCAUCUUGCCCAGGAAACCUUCCCUCUGGGCACUUCCUGCUUCAUGAAACCUUCCAGAUUAAAGAGAAGAAAAUACCUCUCAUUUUCCCCCCAAACUCUAAUGCUUUAGACCUUAACUUCCAUGCACAGUGUUACUACCUCGCUUUCUAAGUUCCUCUAAAGCCGCUGUAGCAGUACGCGUGCGCUGUUUGUUCGUGUCGGUGUCACCUGCCGCAGGCUGUGAGGACAAGGAGGGGGUCUGUUUAACUUGUGCUGUACAGGCUCAUACUACUGUGACUAUGUGGGCAGUUAGUUCAAUACCAUCUUUAUGAUAUCAGAAGUACACCUGUUUGAAGAGCUGCUUUUAAAAAUAGAUGUAUACAGUUGAA